CGUAUCCGCUUGCGCGGCGAUAAUAAUGCAAAUAGCUCAGAUUUGUAUUGAUUGUCGUCGAACCUUAGCAGUUAGCCUACGCCUGUACGAACGGCCAGUGGUUCAUCGAUCGAAAAACUCCCGAAAAAUUCCUAAAAACAGCGGAAUAUCGCCAGUAGGUCAAAAGCACAGUAUAGGUAAGUAUCUAUAUCAAGUCGUGUGGGUGCAUACUGCAUAGGUCACGGACCACAGAUAAACAUCCGAGUAAUGGUUUAAGUUAUUUAUUUUGCAUGGGUCUUUGUGGCAACUGGAUGGUUUUGUUCGUGUAGUUUGCAUCAACAAUCGUUCGAGCAUACGACCAAUAAAAAUAUUUUCCAUCUAUUGUUAUUAUCACACAAUUCGUACGGUCCGUGGUCGUGAUCCGUUAUCAUACCCAUAGUUUUCUCUUUUAUUAAAACUAUCGUUUUGAGUUCAGAAUAUAACAACUAUUUAUAAUAUUUAUUGAAAAUACUUCGGAACUGUGUUAGUAUAUGCACAUCGUAAAAUAUUAUAAUAUUGUAGACACUAGAGCGACAAAAGCCAUAUCAGACUCGUCCAACCUGUGAUACGUAUUCAAAAAUGCCGACAGCUACAGACACCUUACCAGAAGUAAUAUAAUAAUUUUUGUUAUUAAUAAUACGAUUCUUUUUUGAUAUAAAUAAAUUAAUUCUAUAAGUAAUACAUUUUUGAACUUUUUCCUUCCUUCUAUAGUUACCAUCACUCGAUUCUGUGAUUGUUAUUCAUCCAGGAUCCCUGUAUCUGAGAAUAGGACGAGCAAGCGAUGGCAUUCCGCACAAGUAUAUUCACGGGUUGGCUAGAUACAGUCUGUUUGCAGAAACUAGAAGAAGGGAUCAAAUACUGCCGAACUUUCCAUAUAAAGUGAGUUUUUCUUUUUAGUUUUAACUAUUCCACAGUCUCAUAUUAUUAUAUUAAAACUUAUAAUAAACUUGCAUAUUUUUAGAACACUCUUGAAAUGCAAAUGGCCAUGGAAGAGAGUAGACUGCAAGCAUCUCAUAUGUUACAAUCAAGCUUGCAGUCGAAUGGUGACAGAAGAUAUGCUACUCCUCCACAACAAAUAGCUGCUUAUAAUCGUAACUCUAUACCACAAUAUAAGGAUACUGUGACACCCGAUCUGCUUCAACCCAAGACACCUGACGUUUCCAUUCUUUUCGGAGAAGAUGUAAGAAAAUACCUCGGAAAUACCUAUUGAUAAGUUUUUGGUAGUAACUUACCUAUGUUUAAUAUAUUAUUUACAUUUCAGAUUUUUAACAUAGAUCCUGAGCUGGAUUAUAAUGUAUUCUUUCCAGUAAAUAAUGGAGAGUUGAAUGUCAAUGGCCAAAUAGGAGGUUCAGUAACAGCAGUUUUAGCUGACCUCGAAGCCAUAUGGACACAUUGCAUAAACAAAUUACUAGGAAUUAAAUCUAUAGAAUUUCAUGUAAGUAAUUUAUAACAAUGAUGACAAAAUAUUAUUAUUAUUAAGACAUAAAGUUUGUUUAUUAUUUAUUUUAUAAAAUAUAAAUCUGCAGACAUUUUCAAUAAAAUUAAAAACUUGCAUUUUGGUUAAAUGAGUUAUUAAAAAAAAACAAGGGUAAAUUCAACAGUUGAUCAGUUAUGUUGUUGCAAAUUUGCUUUUAAAAUGUAAAUUUAACUAGUAAACUAGUAAUUGGUAUACUAUAAUUUUACAAAAUAUUAUGUAUAUUUGUUAAGGAGAUUGGUGACUAUAUUUUAGAUGAUUUAGAUCUUAAAGCUGGACAAAACUAUAGGAAUUGUGUUUAUGGUUUUCAUUUUAUUAUAAUUCUUUACUAGGAUAUUGAAAGAAGAAAUUUAAUUGUUUUACUAGAAAUCGUAAGAAAUAAAAUUGUUUUGUAUUUUUAAAAAAUGUACUUAAAGUAUAAUAUAGCAUUCAACUUGUUCAUAAGAGAAUUGAAAUUUUAAUUCCAGCAUAUUCUAUUAUAGAACAGUGAAUCGUAUUUCAUAUGUAUUACAUUUAAAUAUAUUAAAAUUAAAAACCGUUUAAAUUCAAUUCCUACACUAUUGUCUGGUUUUUCAGCCAAAAACUUAGUUUUGGCCUUAAUAUUAGUGGCGGAUUUGGGGGAAGAUAGUGGAGGUAAUUUCUCCCCAUUCACUCUCCAAUAUACUCAUAGCUUGAUUCAUCAUUGAACUUCUCAUAAAAUUGUCUUUUAUCUGCUUACUAUUAGCCCUUCUUCUUAGAUGGGUAUCAUACAGUAGAAAUGUGAAAGGGGAAUUAUUAUAAUUUAAAAAAAAUUUCAAAUUUUAUAAAAUUCUGACUUUUUAUUUAUAAUAUUUUUUUAUUUUUAUGUUAUCAAAAUCAAUUUUCACUUAUUAAUUUCAUAAAACCAAUGAUUAUAUUUAUACCUAUAUAAUUAUUCCUUUGUUCCUUUUCACUGGUAAAAAUUAUAAAAAUCCUAUGUCUGAUAUUUCUGGUUUGGUGACCUCUUAAUACACGGUUGUCACAUAAUGCUUUGGCUCUAACCGCUAGGAUGGCACGAGAUGUUACCAGAAAUUUGGGAAAAAUACCAAUAGGCUUUUAACUUAUAAGAAAUAAUUACAAAAUUGGAUUGUGUAAUUUUCCUAAUAUAGUGGUUCACCCAAUAGUAAAUUUAAAUUGUUUAUUUAUUUUAUUAUUUAUACUUUUAUUAUAUUGUAGAAUUAUCAAGUGAUCCUAAUUAUACCUGACAUAUUCAACAAAGUUCAUGUUAGAGAGAUGAUGUCAAUGAUAUUAUUAAGCAUGAAAUUUAAAUCUUGCCUUCUCGUACAAGUAAAACUAAAUUUAAAACAUUUAAUUUAAACUAAUAUUAAUAUAUAUUAUUAUUAUUGUAUUUUAAUUUUAGGAUCAUGUUGCAGCAACCUAUGGGGCUGGUUUGGGUUGUGCAUGUGUUGUAGAUGUUGGUCAUGGAAAAACAUCUGUGAGUUGUGUUGAAGACGGUAUAUCCCAAGCAAAUACAAGGAUCAGAUUACGUUAUGGUGGAGGUAAUUUAAAAAAAAAUGCUUUCAGUCAUUUAUAAUUUCAUAAUAAAUAAAAUUUCAAUUAUAAAAAAAGAGAGAGCUCUGAGACUAGGGUUAGGUGUGUCACUGUUUUAACUGGAAAAUCAGAAAGGUGUAGGAUACAUGAAGUUGUUUAAUUUAUAUCUGUAAGCAACAAUAAACCAUUGCUAAUGAAAAGUUCAUUCCUUCUGAGUGAAGUUGUGUUAUAUACAUGUUUUGAAAUGAAGUAAAUUACAAGUUUCCUAAAAAUUUAAUACUAAAAUGCUUUUUAAAAAAAUACUACCACUAGAUAAAAUAAAAAAGGAACUUUAUAUUCAUUUUUCAGCAUUUCUGUUUGGAUAAACAAUUGAAUCCAUAUAUUUACUGUCAAAUGAUUAAAAUAGUUCAAUAAUCACCAGAAUAUUUUUAAAACUUUCCCACUUUUAGAAAAGUUUAAAAAAUUUAUGUUUACUGAAAAUUUAAUUUCUCUACAAAUAAUUUUUAACAAAUUUCGACUAAAAGACAAAAUUAAAAAUAAUGGCAUAUGCUAAUUAAAAUUAUUUUUCAAUAAGGUAUUAGUAGAAUUGUUUAAGACCUAUUUUUAAAGAAAAGGCACAUGUUCAAAAAUGUAGAUUGUGGGUGCCCGGUUUUCUCAAUUGUAUGGGUGCCCAAAACACUAUAAGCAAAAACAUAAAAUUAUUAUAAUUUAUCAAAACAUAAUUGUUUUAAUGCUUUUAUAGUAGAUUAAAUAAAAAUAUUUAAUAUUUCUAACAGGUGUCUGGCACCCCUCAAAAAUUACAAAGGAUGCUCAGGCACCUGUAUACAUGGCACCAAUGUAGUGGAUACUAAAGGGAAAUAUCAAUUCUAGAUUGAUCGUUAGACUGUGCAGUCAUUUGUUUUUUUUUUCCGUUAUUACUUAAAAAUAAGUUUACAUUUCCGUUAGUGAUUAUUAAAUAUUAUAUAUAUACUGAACAAUUAUAGUGUUUAACUUUGAGAAAUAAAUAUGUACUGUCAACUUUGUUCUCAAUUAUUGUCUCUUAGUAAAGGAAUUUUUUGUUGUCUGCGAAGCUAAUUUUUACACUUUGCACUGGUAUACAUACUUCCAAAAUAGACAAGGACAAAUGGAGUUGUGAACACUGUAAAAACAAGCAUAUAACAUCAAGAAAGCCACAUAUUGAUAGUAAGGAUAGUGCCAGCAAAAAUGAAAAUUCUGAGGAUUAUCGUAGUGAUGACAGGAAUAAUCUAUAGGUUUCUAUUAAUAAAAUAUUGUUUAAAUUAGAUAAACUAACCACAUCUCAUGUUGCAAUUGAAAAAAUCCAUACAAUUUUUAUCAGAUAAUGUUGAUGAUUUCAUGGUUUAAUUAAAUAAUGUGAAUGAACAUGAGAAAAAAAUGAAUACAAUCGAUAAUAAGUUUAUAUUCUUACAAAAAAAAAGUUGACCAUCUCAAAAGUAGUUUGAAUGUCAUUGAACAACAUAAAUUUAUCAAUAAUUUAGACAUUAGUGUUAUUCCUAAGACGGGAAAUGAAUUGACUUCUGUAAAAACUUAACAUAGAUAUAAGUAAUAAUACAUUUUAUUAUGUAUAUAUAUAUAUAUAUAUUAUAAGUAUUUUAUUUUAACUAAUAGUAAUUAGCAUUACAUAUUGUUUAACAGUUUAAUUUUCUAAUUAGAAACUCACCUACUCCAAGCACAAGCUUUGCUUUUUGGAGAGGUUUUUAUUGUACUUAAUUUUUUUUUUUUUUGGUUAUAUGAUGAUGAAAUAAGUAUAUUAUUAUUAUUAAACAAAAAAAAAUAUAUAUAUAAAUGAAGAGUCCUAGUAUGAAGUUAUGAGAAAAUAAUUAUAAAAAAAAAUUGUAUUUAUUUAUUAUUAACGUUUUAUUGGUCAGUUCUAAUAAUUGGAAAUGAAACAUCAUUCUAAGAACUGGUUUGUUUUUAUGCUAGGAAGAUCGAAAAUGGAACUGGUGUUCAGUAUGAGACAAAUUGUAAGAAAGUGCAAAGUAAAAAAAAAAAUUUAUGGCUUUUAUAGAUUAAAAAAAAAAGUUUUAUGACAGAGUACCCAGAGAUUCUGAUGUUGGGCGUUAAUGAGAAAAGGUGUUCUAAAAUUUGAUUAGUUUUUGAUAGAGGAUGUGUAUGAAGGUUCAAAUACGAGUGUAAGAAGUAUAUGUGGAUUAACCGAGGAUUUUGGGAUUAGAAUAGAGUAUAUUAAGGGUCGGCCUUGAGCCCUUACCUAUUCAAUAUAGUAUAUGUGGUAUUUGUAAAUUAUGUAGUUAUAAUAAGAAAAAAUCUGAAAGAAAUUAUUAAGUUAAGAAUAAUAUAAGGAUGGCGGUUGUAUGAAAGGACAACGUGGAAAUGGAUCAAGUGGAAGUUAAGUUGGGUUCAUAGUUGUGAUGAAGAUGAAUGAGAAGAAGAAAUAUGUAAUGCCAUGUUAUAACAUAAUUGUUUUUCUGUUUUAUCCCCAUUUUUAUGAAAACCACUUGGACAUUCAAAAAAUGACCUUCACCAUCCCUAAUCCAUCAAUUAGAUCCAAAAUGCAACAAAAACAGUCCUAUCAUUAUUUUAUUGGAGUAUGAUUUGUGAUAGAAAAAUUGUUUACAGAUAGAUGGGGGAAAAAAGUGUAUAUAUAUUUAAUGCAUACAUAGUAAAACUAAUAAAUUUAAUAUAUUCUAUACUACUAUUAGAAUUUAAAAGUACAAUAUACAAAUGUAUUUGUAAAUUUUGUUUUAAUAAUAUAUCAAUUUUUAUUAUUCAAUUAAUUAUGUUUAUUAAUAAUUAGUUGACUUGUUUAUAUAAAUAGUAAUUUUCAGUAAAAUUUGUAUAGGGAAUAUUACACAAGCAUUUGAUUGGUUACUUAAAAGAUGCAGUUUUCCUUAUCAAGAAUGUAAUCCUACUGCCAAUUAUCAUGAUGCUCUUCUAAUGGAUAAUUUGAAACAACAAUUGUGUCAUUUAAAUUUGGAUAAAUGUGGUGCUGUACAAAAAACAGUAACUAUUAUGCGACCAGGACAAAAACACUUGCAGUACACAAUACAAGUAAUUUAAUAAAUAAAAAAAAUGGAGGAACAGAACUAUUUUAUAUUUUUUACUACUAAAUUUAGGUUGGUGAUGAAGCAAUGAUUGCAGUUUUAGGGAUGUUCAACCCAACAUUAUUAGGUAUCACAGAUAACAACCAUUAUGUAAUUCAAGAAAGAUUAAAGUCACUACCUGAAGAUCCUUAUGAUGAAGAGUUCUUAAGAGAAACUAGUGUACAUUUUUUUUUUUAUAAAUAUUUUAUUUACAUUAUUGAUUUUUCAUGUUAUUAUUUUUUUUUUUUUUAGAGGCGUGGUAAUGGCCGAGAAAUGAAUGAGAUGAUUGAAAUACAAACUGAAAACAAUACUGUACAUAAUGCUGAAGAAGAAAUAUGUGUUGACCAAAUUGAAGCAACUGCUGGGAAUUAUUUCGACAUUGAAACAGGACGACCACAGAGUCUCGAUAAAGUCAUUGUACAAAGUAUUGAAAGAUUAAGUAAGUUUCUGCUAUAUUAAGUGAAAAAAAAAAAAGGUUUAAUACUAAAUUAAAAAUUUAUAUUUAGCUUCAGAUGACAUCAAACGAAAAAUGUAUAGCAACAUAUUAGUGGUAGGUGGUGGACUCAAAUUUGAUGGGGCGUGUGCUUGGCUAAAAAGCAAAAUAUCACUAAAUGCACAACAAGUUUAUUAUGGAGGUUUGAUUGAUUUCAUUUAUUCGUGGAAAUACAGUUUGUUAAUUUUAAUUUUGUUUAUUUUUUUAAGGACAUAUUGAUAUAAUAAAUUCGCCAAAAGAUUUGGACCCACAAAUUGUUACAUGGAAAGGUGCUGCGAUACUCGCAGGUUUGGACUCUGUAAGUGAACUUUGGAUCUCUGGAAAAGAAUGGUCUUCAUGGAGUAUACGAAUUUUAAAAGAACGAGCAAUGUUUAAUUGGUGAUCAAAAUUAAUUUUAUUAUUUAAAUCUUAGAUUAGUUAUUAUUCAAUUUUCAUAAUAAUACCAUAUACCUACGACAUGAUAUAAUAUAGUAUUAUAACUUUAUAUAUUCUACAAAAACUUCUAGUCAUAGAAAUGAAUUUCUUUAUUCCAGAUACUCAUUUUUUUUAAUUUGAUUUAAAACUUGUAUUAAUAAAUCAUUUUUUUUAUAAGGGUGUAUUCAGUUAUUAAAUUAAAACUUAAGGGAAGAGUCUUCAUUUACCUAUUUUUAUUUUAUUAAAUUAACAACUUGUCAGACUUAUUCUCAUGUAAUUAAUUAGAUGUGUGGAGGAGGUUCAAAAAAAAAAAAAAUGUGCUGCCAAAAUAUUUUAAGUUUUUAAUAAUCUAUUAUUAUCCUUACACAGCUUUAAAAGAUAGUUAUUUUUAAGAGUAGACAAAUCUUAUUUGUAUGCUAUUAGAAUAAAUUAAAAUUGCCUAUUGUAUUAUACAAUACAAACAAUAUUGUUUAAUUGUUUUUACAUUAAUAAAGUGCUAUUAUCAUAGUUAUUUUUAAUUAUUAUAUUGAAAAUAUUUUUUAAAAAAGUUUUACAGUUUAAUUAUAAAAUUAUAUAGUUCUAAUAAAUGCAGAAUAAAAUUAUAUUUAAGAUUAUUUUAUGGAUAAAAUAGGUCAAUUUUUUUACUUUUCCACUUCUAGAUUUUUGCUUAAAUUCUACAUCAAUGAUAAAUUUCACAUUUUUCUUAUGUUCUUUCCAAUAAGUUAACUUCAAAAAAAAUUUUUUUUUGUAAUUUGUUUCAUUUAUUUUACAAACCACGUUAUAAUGAGUAUCCAUUUGUUUUUAAAAAAUUAUUGUUAUUUAUAAAAUUUGUUAUUAUACUGUGUUACCACCUUAAGUAAAGUUGAUUUAUUUACAAUACUGAUGUAUUUUUUUUUCUAUCUGUGUUAUUUAUUUGUUCUCUUUAUGCUAUUGUAUAACUAUUCUAUUAUUAUAUUAACCUUUAAGUACUUAUCACUUGAUGAAUAUUUUUUCACUAAUUAGUAAUUUAGUACUUAUAAUAUAUUACACUUUUCCUGUCGAUUAAUUAAUAAAAAAAAAAAAAAUUGUGAACGUUUACCAAAGUAAAAAAAUUACCCUAAUGUCAAAGGUAUUAUAAUUUAAUAUAAAUUAUAUAACAUGCAAUGUUUAUUAACAAUAAUUAACCCUUAUAAAAUACAGAACCAAUUUGAAAAAAAAAUGAGACUUAUUUAUGGUGUUUACAUGCAGAGUUGCCUUGUAACUGUGUGUAAGAUUUUAGAUUUAGCGUAACGAGGGAGCUAUUGGUUUUAGAAUGCUGUUUAUUUCUUCUUUGUUCUAGUCUGUGGACACGUUGUUUCCUAGUAAACUUGCGCUGAUUUUUACGUGUAGCAACUUUUCGGAAAUCUCAAGUUGUCUAGAUUGUAUUUAAGAGAAGUCAUUAUUAGUUCCGAAACAUUUUAGCCAUUUUUGAGCUAUUUUUAACCAUUUUUUUUGGGAGUUUUUGUUGUAAUUUGGUUAAAAAUAGUCGUAAAGACUUGAAAUUUGGAAUGUAAACUUAUAUUCGCAUUUUCUAGACAUAGUAAAAUUUUCAAAAUAUUUGAGACAAUUUUUUUAUUUUGUAGCUACUUGUGGAUGAAAUUGUUAAACUUUAACAAACUUUAACUUUCAAUGAUACAUUCUGUAUCACCGAACUUAGCUUAGAAUAGUUUUUCAUGAGCAAUGGUUUAUUCAGAAGCAACGCAAAAAAUAUAUGUAUGAAAUGAUUGCCCAUAAGUAUAAGAUACUGAGGAAUUUAAUUAGAAUGUGGUAAAUGUCGAAUUUGAUUACUAGUGCUGGCAAAAUAUUUUUUUCUUUUUCUGAUUUAGUUUGUGUGACGACAUCCACCUUAAGCGAUAGGCUCGUAGUCAUCGGUAUUAAAGGCUAACAUCCUUUCUAUCAUAUCUGUUUUCUAUGAGUUUAUUGUUUCCUAAAGAUAUGAAUUGCGGGUUUAACAUUCUCUUAAGAGUACCUAUAUAUAUAUAAAUACAUACACAGUCUUAUAUACAAUUAUCUUAUGAUCACCUACGCGAUUUUUUCGGACAGAUAUGCGCUUAUCUAGCAAUACAUUUUUAAAGCUAACAUCUCCGAGUAUCCGCCUGUAAAAAACUUGUCCAUUUCAUUUUCUUCCAUAUUUUAAUGGAAUUAAAAAUUCGGCUACACGCUAUUACAUAAUAAUUAUUCCUAAACGUAUACAGGUAGAUUACAUAUCGUGUUUUUGAGUCUAUUUGUUUUUAUACAAUAUAUAAUGGGCAAAAGUAUUUGUAGAAGUCGAAAUAUUUUGAUAGAAUGGUUGAGGAAUUUAAGCCCGUCGCAACAAAUCAAAGGUAUCAUUUCAAUUAUUUGUUGGUAUUCAUAAAUAUUGAGUAAGCCACUAUUUUUUUUUUCGAAAUAUUUAACAUUAUAAAUGGCUUAUUGACACAAUUAAUAGGAGGUUAAAUGAUAUAAUACUUUGAAUAAAAUUACCCAUUUUGCAUUCACGGCUUAAUUGUAUUUAAUUUACUUAACCAUGUAUCAUUUUGAUACUUUUGAAGAGCAGUAAAGGCCAUAUCUUCUUCGCAAUCGGUUUUUUGUCUCAUCAUCAGCAAACAUUUCAAGAAUUUCUAUAAAAUUAGCUUUAUUAGCUGAACUAUGAGACUUGUUAUGACCCCAGAAUGAUAUGCCUUGUUUAGCUAAACAUAGAAUAGUCUUAAACAAAAAUAAAACAUGAUCACUGUUUUCGUCAACAUAUUUUAGUCUACCAAUAUUACUGUGAAGUUAUUAACUGAAUUAGACAUUUUAUUUUAUUAUGUUUGAUUAUUUGGAACACAAUAAAAGAUCUUCAGAAACACUUCAAUAGUAAAGCAUUUAUCUGUUGUUGAAAAAUGAAUUUUAGUCGUCAUAAUGAAUUCUUUCCUUUUAGAAUAACCAUGCCGUUUUUUUUUUU